CUUUGUUGUACUCAGAUAUUGCCACGGCUACUGGUCCUGCAGAGGCGUGCCUUCCCCACCUACCGUUCCCUUCCUGGGACACAUACACAAGUCGUUCUUUGUCAACAGAGCCUUAUGGGAGUACAAUCAAGAGAGAGAGUUUGAGACAAGUCAGAAAAAGCUGCAGGAGAAAAAAAAAAAGAAAAGAAAAAAAGAUGCAUCUAUAAGUAUUAGUUGCUUGGUGCAGAGAACCUUUCCCCCUGGUCCUAAGGAGUAAGCCAGAUGCUAUAGGUACACUGAAACUUGUACAAUUACAUCGCGUUUUACAAUUCCCGGAAGUGUGGACUGUAUGAAUGGUUCAGUCAUGUGUUGGUCAUAUGGGAUCCUGAGCUCAUCAAGCAUGUUUUCGUGAAGGAUUUCAACCACUUCACUGACCAAAGAGAUUUCACUGGUCUGAAGACUGGAAGUAGGAGAGACGAAAUGGUGCUGGAGAUGCUUUCCCUCAAGAACGGUGCUGAGUGGAAAGGUCUCCGGGCCGUCAUGACGCCCACCUUCACUUCAGGCAAGAUCAAGAGAAUGUUCCCUCUAGUAUGCGACAAGGCAGAUGCUCUCGUCAGUGUCUCAAUGAAACAAGCGGCAGAAAACUCGGAAGCUGGGAAGAGGCGUGGAGACUUUCUGGAUUUGUUGCUGGAGGCACGAGACCAAUCUGACAACCGGGACCAAUCUGACAACCUUAACAGUAAACACGUGCUGAGCGACAUUAGCAUGGUGGCGCAGUGCCUGUUAUUUAUCGUCGGUGGGUACGAAACCACUGCCUCCUUGUUGGCUUUCUCAUGCUUCCUGCUGGCCAAGCACGAGAGCCAGCAGCAGCGCCUGCGAAACGAGUUGCAGGGGAUGGUGGCGGAGCACGGAGGCAUCACCUACCAAGGCAUCAUGGAAGCCAAGCUACUUGACGCCUGCCUUCAGGAAACCCUUCGGCUUUACCCUCCUGCCGUGAUUCUAGAACGUGCAUGCACCAAGACCUACAAGUAAGAAUACAAAACGAUAACUAAAGAAAAAGUUUAAAGAUUAUCCACUCGCGUCUCUCAGGACAUUGUGUACCACGGUCAGAAUGGUAUUUAUCUUCUAUUAGAUAAAAAGAAGUUUCAGUAAACAAAUUAGAAAUAUUUAUCUAUCGCAUUUCGUUGAGCAGAAACACUACAUCGAAAAAUUGCUUCUCGAACAAAUCAAGGUAAAUUGCUCGAAAUAAAUUUUUCGACAGUAAACUGUGCGAAACCAAUUGCUCGAGGAAUAAAUUUUCGAAUUAUCAAUUGCUGGAGCAGUAAAUUACUGGAUAUGCUUGGAAACACUCGCCUUAAGCAGUCAGUCUUCAAGGGCUUUCUCUCUGUGCUGAAUUGCCACACGGUGGCAGGGCUACUCUUUGUACUUG